UUACAUUAUUACUCUUGUUGGUGCUGCAGUAUAGCCCUUUAAUCAACAAUGAACUUGCUAUCAUGGAAUCCUCCUAAAUCAAUAUUUCUUCUCCUUACUUUUAUAUGGUGAGUUUGAUGGCCAUGACAUGCCCUUUUCUAUGUUAAUGCUGUUGGAAGAAACAGUUGCUAAUGUUACUCAUUAUUAUAUUUUUCAGGAUUUUUUCAUUUUCACAAGCAUCAUACUUAGAUUUUCCAAGGGUUCAUUUCUAUGGAAAAUUUCGUGCAGAUCCUUCUACACCUAAUAAUGAUCGCUGCAACUUUGAUCCCAAUAUUGAUGAUCCAUUUGAAGAUGAUCCUGAUCGUAAUUGGAACUAUAUUGGUACAAAUGAGUUCUCAAUUCAAGACACCUUUGUUACUGGAGUCACAACUGAUAGUGGAGUGACUGAUGAUGAAGUAAUUGGAGCUGCAGUUUUAGACAGUGGUAAUCAUCCUUUUGCAAAAAUAGUAGACAUAGAUACUGAAUGGCAAGGGGCUGCUGCUACUGUAUAUGGAAUGGUGUUUAGGAUAGUAUGGAGUGAUGGUACAGAAGCCCUGAGUGGAAAGUGGACUCCAAAUUCAAUAACACAGAGCAUGUGGCCUAGAAGGAAGUGUUAUAAAAGACUUCAUAUGGAAGAUUUCAUUUCUGCAACAUUGUCAACUACAACUAUAUAUGACAUUGAAUGGGGAGAUUUAAGGAGAUCAGCUGUACUUGAGAAGUUAAAGGAAUUGAGCACAAAAGGGAACAAAAAAUUACAGUUGUCUAUCUCAUUGAGUAUAUAUACUAGAAACCAUGAAGAUUUUGCUAAAACUGCCUUCACACUUGGUUUAAUCAGUGGGACAAUUGGAGUCAGCAGUGACACAGAACCUUUAAAUUAUGGAGGAGAGAGGCUUUUAAGUCACACUGAAAUAAAGUACCCACCUGAUAUAAGCAAUAUACCAUCUAAUGAUCCAUGCUAUAAUUCUGAUGAAAGCCAAUGGAUGUAUGAUGCUCCAUUUAAAGUGAAUGGAGAUUUGCUUUCAAUAGACUUAAGUAAUUCACUGCCAAUUGACCUGAAUGGAAAUCUACGAUAUUUAAAUCCUCUUUAUGCUGGUAUAUUGCAUAACCAGGAGCAGAAAUGUAUAGAUCUAUUAGGGGAUGAAAUACAUUACUGUAGUAAUGACCAUAGUGGUCCUUAUUGCAAUAAUGACUGGUUGAAAUCAACUGGUGGCAUAGUGGACAUUGAACUAAAUUAUUAUCAAAAGGAAAAGCUACUCUCCUCUUCUUCACUGGUUGUGGUUUUAAUGCAAGACAAGAGCUCAGAAACUAAUGAAGUCUAUCCUAACUGUUAUGCAUUGCCUUCUUCUAAGCAUAACCUAAAGUUGAUGCUGAAAGAGACUGACUACUACAUGCGACCAAAAGAAGAAUAUUCAUUCUUUGUUCAUCCAUCUGUUUCUACGUCUGUGAAUGUUCCCUUUCUUGUUUCACAAUUUGGAAAACCAGUAGCUAACUUAGAUGUUAAAGUUGUGAGAUGUAAAGAGGCAGCCUAUAAGCCGUGUACAUCAGCUCUCCCUACUGAUGGUGUAAUUCCUUCUGAGUGGAAAUGGAAUGCCAAAACAGAUGAAAAUGGAAUUGCAGUGUUUAAGUUCACUGCAGUAAAGGAAAUGAGUGCAAUUCGAAAGUAUAGUAGAUCUAAGUCUCCUUGUGAUGAUAGUUCUGUAUUGAAACUUCCCAUUGAUGGUCAAGUAUAUGGCUUUGAUUUCUGUCCCAGUGAAGGAGAAGAGGACCAACAAUGUGCAAGUUUUUCACUUAAUUCAUUAGUAAUUAGAGCCUUUUCUAAUCCAGAAUAUGAUCCGGACAAGAAGUACACUUGGGUAGAUCACAUCCAACCAAUAUUUUCCCAAUACCAUCACCUAUAUCCUGUCAUGCACAAUAUACUCGACAUGAGCAAUUAUGACUCUGUCACUUCACCCCAAAAUAUUGCAAUGUCUAUUAAAGCUAUCCUUGAGCCUUGA